CAACUUUAUCAGUAGUCCGUAGUCAGUACAUGUUGGCGUUCCGUGCUGUGUGGUCGUGAGUGAUUUUCCCGAGUAAUUUUUAACAGGUGCACGGGUACGGUACAACUAGAAGAUGCCUUCCAACACAAAAACGUCCCCUCACCCGCCACGGCUAUGCCACAUCAGGCGCUCACCCGACUUUAACGGCUACGGCUUCAAUCUUCACACAAUAAAGAACAAGAGCGGUCAGUUCAUCGGGCAGGUGGACAAGGGGUCGCCAGCUGAGAAGGCGCUGCUCAAAGAGGGCGACAGAAUCGUCGCUGUCAACGGCGUCAACAUCGCCUCUGAAAACCAUCAACAGGUGGUGAGCCGCAUCAAGAUGGUGCCAGACGAGACGAAGCUGCUCGUCGUGGACGAACAAGCAGACAAGUGGUACCACGACCACGACAUCGUCAUCAACGACAGCCUUCCUGAGAUCAUCAAAGGAUAUUCUUCAAGCAGUCGGCGUGAGUCGACGAGCAGCUCUGAAACGGACGUAAAGGACACCAAGCAAGAGGACAGACGGUCAGUGGCUUCGGCUUCCUCAGGAGGGACCAGCGAAGCUUCCAACAGACAGGACGAAGACUCUUCAUCUUCUGAUGAUGAUGACGAUGAAGAACCACUUGCGGGCAACGUUUCUGGACCUGUGGCUGCGAAGCAGGAUGACGAAGACGAUAGUUCUUCGUCUUCUGAAGACAACGACGAAGCUGCUGAGAAACCAGCCACAGUUAAGGUACUUGUCAACGGCAAGCAAGUUGAGGAAGAGGUAGAAAAAGUUCAAGUCCACAAUGAUCUCGAGCAGAGUAAGGGUGAAGCCAUCCAAGACACGAAGAAAACUUCAGAAACGGACGACGAAUCUAGCAGUUCCGAUGAGGAAGAAGAUGAAGAGGACGAUGCUGCAGGUGACUCUGACGAUGACACCAAGAAAACAACGACGGAAGAGACUCAGAAGCCUGCAGAGAAAGUGGCGGCGGUCGCAGUCAAGUCCUCCGAUUCCGUGAAUGGUAAAUCUUCAAGGUCCAAUUCCAGCUCCUCGGAGUCGUCGCGCGAAUCAGUGAAAACAGCCCCCAAAGCCCCCACCCCCGUGACCAGCAAGUCUCCGGUGCCCAGCUCACCCAGUCCCCGAUCCUCGGCUGGGACGCCGUCUCCCACACCCACACCCGCGUACACCUUCAAGAAUACAGGGGGUCUUAACAUGAACAUGAGCGCAGCCCAAAUGCGGGAGUAUCUUGCCUCGAAGAAGAAGAAGGACAUUCGCCACAGCGAAAUCGAUAUGCGUAAAAAAUAUGAGAUAAUUCAGAAGCUCUGAGCCCUGCACCGAGUUGUCCUAGCACUCACGUUGCAAUCGCCCUAGCAACAAGAGAAGUCGAGCCGUUUCUGCUGAGAACAUACCGAGUCAACGAUGUUUUAAUGUUAGCGUGAUGUUGUGAUUGCUUGUAAGUUACUUUGCGGGACUAGAUCAUGAUCAGUUUUUUGGGAAAGAUGUUAUUUAAAUUGUGAUUGCCUCGAGCGACUCGAGCCAAUGAUGAUUUUUCUGAUUUAUACUAUCAUCGUUAAUAAUAAAUUCAUUAUUUGUUAACGUUAAUCGUUAAAAUAUUAUUUAGGCAUGUUUCUGAUAAUUUAGCGCGUCAUUUAAAUGAAUUUUCGUUCGAAACCUGACGCAGAAAGCCAGAAACUGACUUUUUGUUCUGCUCAAAAGUGGUCUGCGGCUGAAGACGAAGUUGUGCUAGAACAUUCAUGUUUAAUGUGUACAGUUUAUUAUAGUCGACAAAGAGUUUUAAAUUUAUUAAAAAGUGUGCAUUUAUUUUAUGUAUCGAAUUUUUUAGUGUUUCCAGCUAUAUUUUUCUGGGCGUGACGAAAAUAUUUGUAAUGUUUUUGACCUGUAACCAUUCCUGCUGAAACUCUCAACUAUUUUUAUUUCUCACGAAAAAUUACUUGCAUAGGACUACUUCUAACAAAGUUUCACGCAGCCUAAACUAAUUGCAUUUAUUCCGUAAUUUUACGCUUUAUAUCGCUUAUCAAAAACCUUGUGAAUUAAUCAGUGGAGUCUCCUGCUCUUUCAAUCAACGAUAUGAGAUAUAUUUGUUACUCGGAAGUUACUCUAGAGGGGCAGACUGGCAAACGAAUAUUUAAUAUUUCUUCUUAAAAUUACACGAGUUUCAAAAAAUCACACUGCAAACUGUAUUUACUGUUGUCCUGAAAACUCGACAUGCCAAUGACGACGCCCUCCGUUGAGGUCUCUGUCGUUGGCUUAGCUCAACGAGAGCCAUGGCAGCUUCCUGGCGUCUGAGAAGUUUAGGCUGAAGCGCACGCCAAACGUCGCUUGCCCCGAGUGCGGGGACUCAUCCAGUCCCUUCAGCACGCUCGUCUUUCCCUAUGUCCCUCAGCGUCCUCCCUCUGUGGGACAGUCUCUUGUAAGCAGCAGCGUAUCUUGUCACCUUCCUUGAACUCACCUGUUCUCCGUUCUUCUAAUGGCCCAUCCUAGUCUACCACCAGAACCAGCGCAUUAACAAACGACAAAAACGCCUGUCGGCGCAUUAACAAACGACAAAAAACUUAACACAAGUAAUCAUUUAAUAAAUUUUCCUGCCACUAUUACCCCUGAACUCUUUAGUAUACCAUCGUAGCUUAUGUGCUACGCUAAGCUUUUGGUUCUUAUUGCAAUGUGCCGCGACUUCAGUGGAGUUCCCACCGCUUCAUUUUUUUUAGCUUAACUUUAAGAUGAACGCUAUUGCCGCCACGAAAGCCGGUCGAUCAUUGAGUUGCUGCAACGCGCAAUCGAACGAAAGUUUAGCCGCAGUUUGUACUUGAGUCGACAACACUCUUCCGUUACUAGUAACAGUUGAACGAUUAUGAAUUUACUCAAUAAUAAAUAAGUUUGCUUAUAUAAUGAUCAAAUAUUUGCAAGAUAAAUGCUUUCCAUCUUAUGCUUAUUUACAAUGCUAUUAAAGAACUGAGCUUUAAGUGGACCCAACCUAUUAAAUGAACCAUCCGUAAACCCGCUGAACUUUACCGUAUAAAGCCAUGGUUCAACCAUGGUAUAAAGCCGUCAUGAAUUGCAAUAAAUUUUGAAUAAAAUUUAUCUGGGAGACAUCUUUGUGACUCAACUGCGCAAGAAGUUGUGCAAUUUUGAACCAUGUAUAUACUAGCACUUCGUUUUUAGGUUAUCGAAAUUCCUAUUUUUCUCGAUAUUUUCCUAUUACUAUGUUUCUGCAUUAAAUUACCAGGAUAAUUUUUUUAAUCGAGCAUAUUUAGGUAUAUUCUGAAUGCCAGUAAAGUUUUCAAAUGCU